AUGGCGACGGCGCGGGUCCCGGGCCUGCGCGGCCGCCUCGACGUGCUGCUGCGCGGGGGCCCGCGGCAGGCGGGCGCGAGCCAGCGGCGGUGGGCGCGCGUGCACGACGUGCGGUUCCUGGCGACGACGCAGGCGUCGCGCAGCGUGCUGGAGAAGUACCGGGAGAAGCUGGACCGCAAGGCGCGCGAGGAAGGGUACCGGGACGUGGACGCGCUGCGGGCCGCGUACGGGGAGCGGAUCCGGGAGGUGCGGCGGCGCGACGGCGUGGCGGGGGUGCCAGGGCUGGACGCGGUGCUCGGGGAUGCGCCGACGCCGACGGACGCCAGGGGAGCGCCACCAAUAGCGAGCUACGGCGCGACGAGGAACCCGCCGGGCGGCGGCGCGCGGCCGCUGGCGGAGAUCCUGGACCUGGGCAAGGCGCGGGCGCUGCCGGAGCGCGAGCUGGCGGCGGUGUGGCGGCUGCGGCACGCGGGGUCGGCGCGGGCGCUGUGCGCGGCGAUCCCGGCGGCGACGUUCGCGGCGGUGGAGGCGACGGCGCGGCGGCACCCGGCGUUCGUGCUGCCGGUGCCGCGGGCGGGGGCGGGGGCGGAGCUGCACUACCUGCAGUGGAUAUUCGAGGGGGGGGGCGCGGCCGCGGCCGGGGGGGCGGAGACGCGCACGGCGACGGUGCUGUUCACCCGCCUCGCCGAGUUCCAGGCCCGCGGCGAGUGGGCGCUGCCGCACACCAGCGCGACGCACUACUUCGACGGCGGCGAGGGCGGGCUGUCGACGCGGGGGGACGCCGCCGGCGGCGCCGUCGUGCUGAUGGCCGGCGCCGUGGUCGAGGGCCGCGGCGCGUCCGUCGGCGACGCCCGCUGGCUCGUCUCCCUCCUGCCCCGCUUCUACGGCGCGGAGGGCCGCGGCGCGACGCCCGCCGACGCCGGCAAGCGCCGCCUGCUCGAGGAGUUCUCGCGCGGCGACGCGGCCUUCACGGUCGAGAGGUUGUUGGAGGAGACGGAGAAGCUGGUCUGA